UGACAUGUUCUUCCGCUAGAUGGCAGAAGAACCUGUUGUCAUUCAUAGCACAGCUUCAUGUAACUGGCGUCACAUUCAGAACAUUAGGCUAAGAAAAAAUAUCAUGGUUUCGCGUGAUUGCGAUGUUACAAUUUCAAAAUGUAGUCAUUUGAAAUACACGGGUAGUUAACAACAGCUUUUACAAUUGAUUCUAUUUUUAAAGAACUUAUUGAAUAGUUGUUGCAUGAGGCAAAGCGUGCCGUGUUAAGUUAAAAAUAAAAUGAACAAUAGAGUUUUUCCAACAUUUAAACUGAAUCAAAAUAAAUGAUGCACCUUCAAUGAGAAAAAAACCCUGCAGCUCAACAAUUAGUCAAUAAGUCCAUGAAAGAAUAACCGAAAUUAAAUUUAAAUGUAUGCCUUCAGUCCCAAAUCUCCCAAGAUUCGUUCCACCAAUGCUAGCUCAUGCGAAUUCAUUUUUCAAAAUGUUCAUUCGAACGCCGCGUUCUAAUAAAAAGAAACAACAAUCCCCCCAAAAAGAAAAACUUCAAAUUUGCCGAUCCAAGCACACCUGUGUUCAACGAAACAGGCGCCAUUUCACGUCAAGUAAUUUGUAACUAACUUGAUCUUGAUACGUUUGUGACCUUUAUUUGUAGUGGCGUGCCAUGAGAUUUUUCCAAAAGAAAAUGGUAAUGGAUGGGAACCUCUGCUUUAAAAAUACGCACAAAUUGCACAAGGACUGGCAGUUGUGCACGACUGAUUUUAAAUCAGCAGCACAUAGCCCACCCUGCUGACCAAUAGACUGUACUGCUCUAAAUUUAGGCCCUUUUUCACCGAUGAGCGACAUAGCAAUGACAACACACUAACACCCACCGACCCAGCCACCCACUCAUUCAGGCGUUCUGUGAGGUUGAGCCGCAGACCCCCCGGACCCUUUCCCUGGUCCCUGUGGAGUGAGCGUGCCCGCUUGGCUGACACUGUCCACCUUUUUUUGUGCAGUUUCUGAGAAUUCCCCCACACCAGCAGAGUUAUUUAGAGCAGGGGCAGCCAUGUCGCUUUUCUCUACCAUGACGACCGGGGAGAGGAAAGCUCAGGCUGCAGCAAUCUGCAGGGAGAUUCAAGCACUGGAAGACGUGGAGGUGGACCUUGGCAAGAAAGUGAGCGUUCCCCAGGACAUCAUGGUAGAGGAGCUGGCCCUGGCUUCCAAUCGGGGCUCGCAGCUCUUCAAGAAACGGCAGAAACGCUCUGAAAAGUACACUUUUGAAAAUGUCCAAGAUGACAUCGACUCUCAUCUCAACAGAGAGACAGACUUGCGAGCUGAUAACGUCAAUUCCACCGAAGAGCGCAACUCUGCUGAGGAAAAAUCGGGUGCGGACCGGGCCUACGCACCAGAAACUGUAACAGUGCCAGAUCCGCACAGCAUCCCCCCUGGCUACGAGGGUCCUCUGAAAGACAUCCCACCGGAGAAGUUCAACAGCACGGCUAUCCCCAAGUCCUACCACUCGCCCUGGGACCUUGCCCUUGUCAGGGAACCAGCCCUGGCUGACACGCUCGUCUCCUGCCUGUCCGAACCGGAACCACCAGCAGACCUGCCAGGCUAUAAAAGCUUCAAUAGAGUGGCCAUCCCGUUCGGCGGCUUCGCCGAGGCGCCCGCGCUCGCGGACGACCAGAAGAUGGAGCUCGCCCUGCCCGACUUCCCCGAGCUCAGAGGUCGCCCCUGCUUCAACAGGGCCGCUCAGGGGUGGCGUUACAAGGGUGCUUCGGUCCCCCUACACGCCGUGAUCCCGCAGGUCGCGCUCGCCCCCGAGUCAGAUGACCUUUGAACCGGUUCAAAACACACGCUGAAUUUCAAUGAUGAUUUCAUUUUUCACAUCUUCUCUCUCGAACUUUUCAAAAAGCCCCUUUCAGAAGAAUUUUGAGUGACAAAAUA